AUGAGUCUCUCUUCAGAGGAGAAAAGACGCGUCGCGUACCUCGAACAGAAAUUGAAUUUCUUCGAUCUCCAGUUGGGGAGGCUGGAGCAAUACCUCGAGAGUACACAUGUCGAUCCCGCAAACGCAAAGAUACGCGCGGAGAAAAUGUCGACAUUGUUCGAUACUUCGAUGAAGUACUAUGAGGAAUUAAACUCACUUCAAAGCGGCAAUUGCCUGGCAGGGAGUUUUCUAGAGACCGAAUCUAGAUACUACCAGGCAGCCGGCGCCAUUUCCAAACUCCAACAAAGGGAUUCGGUAUUCAACUCGACCUUGAAUCCGAAUAACAUCACUCUCACGGAGCGGCAAGAACUGCCAAAGCUCCCUAAAAUAAAGAUCCCCGUGUUCGAUGGAAAACAAGAAAAUUGGGCGACGUACAAAAAUAAGUUGAUCGCUCUCGUUCAUUCUCGGACCGACAUUUCUGACGCAGUGAAAUGCAGUCAACUUUUUGACUCUCUCACUGGGCCAGCUUCGGCUAAAAUCAGCCAAUAUGAUCCCAGUGACCAAGAUUAUUCGAAAGCUUGGAAAUCUCUCCUGGAAUUCUACGACUACAAGCGCAUUGUGGCCGUAGAACACUUGAAUGCUCUAAUCGACCUCCCUCAGCUCACCAAGGUAUCAGCUGAUGACCUAUCCUCACUUCUGGAUAAGGCUCGUCAGCACCUUCACAUCCUGGAGGGAAUCGGUGUUCCACCUGGAGAAAACUUACUCGUUCGCAUCAUCGAACGUUGUCUGCCCCAGACACUGAGAAGUCGAUGGCAAGACAAGCUUAACAUGGAUGAAGUGCCAAAGUUGGACGAUCUGUUCAAAUUCAUCCAGACUGCUAUCUUCAAGCAGCAAGCUCUCGACUCCGCAACGAUGUCCAAUCGCAACCCCAACCCAAAGAAAAGGCCAGGAGAAAGUCUCCCUCAAUCGGCCAACAAAUUCUCAAGGAAGACUCCCCAGACAUUCGUCACGUCUUCCAAAUCGGAUUCAUCCUCUUAUAAAUCCUCGUCGAUGAGCUGCCCCAAAUGCAGUAAAGCUCAUCGAUUGUACAUGUGCCCAACCUUCAACGAUCUCAGUGUCCAGGAUCGUUGGAAGUUCAUUAAAAGCAUCAAAGCAUGCAAAAAUUGUCUGUGGGCCCAUCCAUACCCUUGCAGGAGUGGUCAGGUCUGCAAAAGGUGCAAAGGCGAACACCACACACUCCUGCAUGAGGAGCAGGAUGGCGUAGCAUCUGUCAGCAGUCAGCAAUCAGACGUACACAUCCGUCGCCUUCCCUUCGGAUUCACAGUUGAUGACAACGGCGGUUGUCAAGACUGA